GAAAUAAUUAAUUGUACUUCUCUUUCUUAUUAAUGUUGUUAAUGUUAUUAUAGUAAUUUCAUAGUGUUUGUUUAAUUGUACGUAUAUUUGUGUUUGCAGACACUAUGGCAACCUAGCUUGUAAUGGCUAGAUAAAUGACAGGAAACUGAACUCUUAAUGGCGCUAACACACAGAGACAUUGCUGAGCAACUACUUGCUGAAGGUUUACAUUUGACUGCAUUGGAGUUGUAUGCAGAACUCCUUGGAAAUGGAAAGGAGUUAAGGGUGUUGAAGGAAUUUUUCCAGGAUCCAGCGAAUAUUCAGGAUGGGUCAACACAAGCUGGCCAGCUCACAGACACUCCCAGAUCCACCCCAUGUACCCCAGGAGGGAGAGAGCUUUUUUCACCAGGGUCAAGAGGAGCACACGGCGGUCAUUAUGAUAUCACCAGAUCCUCCAGUCAGAUGACAUUGGAUUCUAUAGACAGGAUUACAAGAUACUCAGAGGAUACAGAUAGAAGAGAGGAGGAUAGAAUGGCUGUUCUUGAAUAUGAACUGAGAACAGCGAGAGAGACCAUUACUCAGUUAAGAAGUUCUAUCUCACAUUUUACAUCUGAAGAACGAAGAAGAACUCUAUCUGAACCUAUGACUGGGCUUCAGGAUGAAGAUGAAACAGAAGAGAUACCUUUGAGGCCGCAUGAAGCUAAAAUGCUGAACUUUAUGAUCAAUGAUUAUCUUGUGAGAAAUGGUUACAAGUUUACAGCUGUCACAUUUUCAGAUGAAUGCAAUGAGGAAGAUUUUGAUGACUGGGAAGAGGUAUCUCCAGCCUCUCUAAUAAACUUGUUUAGAAACGGAGGUCAACCACAGCCUGAUCCAAGUGAAACCAUUGGAGAAGAUACUACUCAGCUGGAGGUUGGAGAUUGUAAAGAUCAAGCAGAAUCUGACAUUGCAGCUCUUCUUCGGGUGCAAGAAGAGCUGAACCAAGGUCUGAAAAGAGCAGAAGAGAAGAAUAGAGAAUUGGAGGUUGCCUUGGCAGAACGUCUUGAAGCAAUUGACAAUCUUAUAAAAGACAAGCAGGGGUUGAAGGACAUAGUUGAGAAAGUCCAGAAGGAGAAGGAUAAUCUAGAAUAUGCAUUACUUUCAUCAGAGUCCACUAAAACUGAACUUGAAGAAAAACUUAAGUCUGCAGUAAAACUAGAGCUUGAGUGUGCCCAGUUGGUUCAGGAGAGGGAAGAGGGAGAUGGAGCAUCUCUAGCAGAUGAUCAGCCUCCUACGGCAGAUUCAGAUUCUGAGGGCAGUGAGGUUUGGAGUAUACCAAAAGAGUUUCACAACUAUUUAAUGGCUGAAGCUUGUGUUCUGCAUCCAGAGGAUAUAAAUGAAGGUGAUCUUGACAUUGUUCAAAUACUAGCUGAGCGUCUGCCAACUCUUGUGUCAAGUCUAGUUUUAUCAGUGAGAAUAGAAAUUAUUCCACUUCUUCUCCAUCCUAUAAACAAACAUGAGGAAACUGUUGUCCGUGACGAGCUACUGGGAGUACUUGUGAACCUUUUGAAGAAACCUGAAGAAAGCUCCAGGGUGAAGAUACUCUCAGCACUUGUCUGGAUUGCUUCCAGAGAGGACUGGAGUGUAUCUAGAACAGAAGAAGAGAUUCUACCACAUCUUUGGCAGCAGGUUGACAAUAAGAAUGUAGAAAGACGGUUACUUGUGAGUGAGGGAGUUGGUGCACUUAGUAGAUUUGUUUCAAUAGAGAUGAGAACUAGCUUACUUUACUCCUUGCUCAGCCAACUGCUUACAGAUAUUGAGCUGGAUGUUGUUUUGAGUUCUAUCAAAAGUAUGGCUAUACUACUAACCUCAAUUGAAGUAGAAGAUAAAAUUGAGAAACUGAAAGAGCUGAUCUUGGAUUGUCUUAUUCGUCAUUCUUUCAAUGCUUCCAUCAUUCAAUCUCUAGUUAGGACAUUACUGCCAGUGCUUAGUUUCAAAAUUUCUCAGAAUUCUCAUUUCUGCAUUUGUGACCUGGUUCAUUUUCUUCUUGAUUCUGUUCCCAAUUCUCAUGUGAGGAGUAAACUGAGUUUAUUGACCGGGGUUCUACCUCUCCUUUCAGUCCAGCUAGCAUUGAAAUCUCCUUCUCUAAGCACCCAGUUAAUGAUGAAAUCCUCUAUCAUUAACAAUCUUUCAAGCGAGAACCAUAUUAGAACCAUGUUUGGUGAAGAAGUAGAGAAGCAGUGGAUAUCUUCUUUAUCUUUCUACAUGUCAAAGCCCCAUGAGUCUGUCUCUAUCAACUUUAAAGUAUUCAACUUAUUGCAACGAUUCUGUGAUUUGAUUAGUGAUGUGGAUUCUGCAGACGAUAUUUUGCAAAAAGAAGAUGACAAUCUGACCAAGCUUUUUGUGACAUUCCUUCUCCAGUCCAAUAUACAUAUGGGAAGCAACAUUACAAAAGAUAUUAUUAUUCAGCCUCUAAUUAAACUGGUUGGAGAUAGGGACAAGAAUAAGAUAAUUGGUCAAAAUUGUUUAUCAGCAAUUAUCCAUUUUCUUGUUCAAGAGGAUUCUCUGGAGUUAUCAGAGUUUCUUUUUAAAACUCUUCGAACCGCCUUUAGAAAUCAGGAGCAUAUUAGAAACAACAUCAAACAUGCAGUCAGGUUUUUAUGUGAGGAGGGUCAAGACAGUAUGCUUGUUGGCAGACUGCACAAGUAUAAUACAGAACCAGGGUCUGAUAUUCUAUACACAGCUGAACUAAUAGAGAUGAUUACAGACUGCUCUAUUGGAAUUACUGAUAUUAAAGGCUUGGUUGAGCUCUUGGUUGGGAUAAGUAGAAAUGAAGAGCUGUCUGUUCAACUUUGUCUGCUUAGAAGUACAUCUGCUAUCCUAAUAAAGGAACCCCUGGAGCAGACCGAGAUUGUUAACCUAGAAGGUUUCCUUGAUAAACUAAUGUUAACUGAAGAAGUUCUUCUCCAACUACUUGCAAUAACAGAACAGUCUCUUCGCUCAUCUCAAUCCUCUUCAUUUCUUCUCUCAAAGGUGUGUGGCCUGCCUGAGACCUGGAGCCUACUAACUCCUAAUUACUCUAAUAGAUGUCUCUGCUCAUCAUUUUUACAAACUCUAUCUGCUGUUCCUCAAGCAGGGCUUCCAGAGGAAACAUUAACUGAGAUAGUACUGCCUGGUUUGGCCGGAUUACUUGAACUAAUUCAGUCCAACCCUGCACUAACAGCAGACUGUGACCCGCCAGCUGACCCAAAAGCUGAAGCACAUGCUGGAACAAGCUAUCUGGAAACUGCACUCCUCAUGCUAAUGUCGGAGGUGGAGGUGGCACGGAGAAGUACAUUCUCAAAACACAUGAUGCAACCCACUAACAUGGCAUUUGAACCGUAUCAAGAACAGCUUCCAGUUCCAGAUUUUGCUCCUAGUCAGGAUGAUGGAAAGGAAGAUGGAGUGGUUGGACCAUCUCCAAGUGUACAUGGAGGGACUAGGGUCAAGGAAAAGAUGCAGAAGCUCUUCAACAAUUCUCCCUCACCCAGAAAUAUUUUCAAAAAGUCCAAAGACUAGAAUUUUGGAAACCAAUGUUAAUAAUCCGUCCAUUGGUAUUUAGACUUCAGAAUUAUUGCAUUUUUUUAAACCUUGUUUUUUUCUACUGCUCUAAUAUCAUGAAGCACAAACUUAACAAUUCAAAGUUUUGUAUGGUUAUUUUAUCCAAAGAUCAUGAUUGUUAAAAUUAUACUGCUUUGAGAACAAAGAAUAUAUAUUCCAGCAAAAUA